UUCGUGGUAAGAUUCGAAGCAUUUAAAGUCGUAAUAAUAGUCGCUCUUAUUGUCCGGCUUGUCGCCUUGUCCAGCAUUUUUUUACAAAUUUUAUAUUACUGGAACGUUGACCAACUUGGCAACCUCUCCUAUUCAUCAAUAAUUUCGAUGGAUCUGAGACUGAUUAAUUUAACAAUAGUUUCAUCUCUCGUUAUUAAAAAUAACAACCUACAAAAAAUGGAAGAGUACGUAUCGCUAACCUCUCCCAAUACACCAGUAUCUCCUCUCAGCAAUGCUUGUACCAGCCCAGGUGAACUCCAUGCCUCGAUGUCUGGGAAAGUCUGUGGAGUGUGUGGAGACAAGGCUUUAGGGUGUAACUUUGGUGCAACUACCUGUGAAUCUUGCAAAGCCUUCUUUAGACGCAAUGCCCUUAAAGGAAAGGAAUUCCGUUGCCCAUUUGAAAACAAUUGUAAAAUAGAUGCUGUGACACGAAGAUUUUGCCAAAAGUGCAGGCUUAAAAAGUGCCUUGAUAUUGGAAUGAAGAAGGAAUUUAUCAUGUCUGAAGAAGAACGAACAGUAAAGAGAAGAAAGAUUGAAGAAAAUCGAAUGAAGAAAACUAAACCUGGGAGGACAAAUAAUACAAAGAACAACUCCAAGCAACUUAUUCAUCUCUUAAAUGGUGGUGGAAGCAGAGCAAACCAGAGAAAAAGUGAUAUUAAAUCUGAAGCAGAAUCAAGUUUCUCUGAUUCAGAUGUCACUACAAGUCCCUUGGACAACUCUUCCGAGGGAUUUCAUGAAAGCCCUGCCUCUUCGAACAAAGCGACAACAGUGAUAAGUAAUCACCAACAAUUGACACCAGAAAACAGAGGAAGAAUGCUAGAAAUGUCUCCUCCGGAGGAUUGCCCAAGUGACAGCUCUCCGUCUACCGCCAAUGGCGGGAUGCGUAGUCAAUCCAUGAGCGUAGCCGAUGCCUUUAAUAUAAACUUGCAGACCAUGGAUGCUUUAUUAAAUACUGCCAUUUCAGCUGAAUACAAUGUCGUGGUCGAUUUAGUUCGGGGCAAUGAUACUAGCCCACUGUCGCCAGUCCGUGAUCGCCAACUGAAUGAACUGGAAAUGGCCAAGUUGCAGGAGCUCGUGGUGGCAAACAAAGCCCUUUUGGCACCCUUGACGGAGGAACGGCCAGUCGAUCUUCAUUACGAUUCAGGGGACCCAACAUUACUAAAUGUUAUCAAUUUGACGGAUAUUGCCAUCAGGCGAAUCAUCAAAAUGGCGAAGAAAUUAGCAGCUUUCAAGACUUUGUGUCAAGAGGACCAGAUCGCCUUGCUGAAGGGUGGCUGUACCGAGCUGAUGAUUUUGCGCUCGGUCAUGUCCUACGACGCCGACAAAGGAUGCUGGAAGAUACCACACACGGACUCGCACAUGAAUCACAUCAAAGUGGAGGUGUUGAAGGAAGCACAGGGAAACUUGUACGAGGAACACCAACGCUACAUUCAAUCUUUUGAUCCGCUGUGGCGUUCAGACGAGCACAUCAUGCUGCUGCUGUCGGCCAUCACUUUAUUCGAUCCCAACCGACCUCACGUCAUCCAUCGAGAUGCCAUCAAACUGGAACAAGAGUCGUACUACUAUCUGCUUAGGCGCUAUUUGGAGUCAGUGGUAGGUGGUUGCAAGGCCCGCUCAAUGUUCCUCAAGUUGAUUGCUAAAAUCUCCGAGUUGCACAUACUCAACGAUAACCACGUUCGAGUUUACUUAGACCUUAAUCCUAAAGAGGUAGAGCCUCUGCUUAUUGAAAUCUUCGACUUGAAGUCCAGAUGAUGCUGACGAUCUCAGCCGUCUAGUCAUUUCAAAAUGAAACAUCCAAUUGGAAAAAAAUUAACGUUCAGGGCUCGUCUUUCUUCCCCCAUCCAAAAUUUUUUUGUUUUGGCGGUUUUUUUUUGCGUUUUUGCGUCGUCCUUCGUUAAGUUUAUUUGUAUGAAAAGGUUUUUACAUAAUUUGAUUUCGUGAACAAUUGUGUCGUGCUGCCACGCCAUCCACUAUUUUAUAUAUUACCUUCCUCCACAAUAGGAGGUACUAUUGGUUUUUAUUUUGUAUUAAAAAAAAAAAAAGAAAAUGGAAACAACAAUCAACGUACUGUGUGCCAAGAUUCCAAAUGUCUUAAUAACUAUCACGGCAUUUCGUCCCGACAUUCUUCGCUCUCCCACGUCAUGUAGUGUUCCGAUCGUCGAGAAAAUGAAUAAAAGAAACUUGUGUCUGUA